GGGAGCGGCGACGCGAGGGUGAGGGCGGCGGCGGCGCUCGGUGCGGGCCGCAUCGCCCCGCGGGCACUGGUGCUCGCCGGGGUUGGGCGGCAGGAGGCGGCGGUGUCGGCAGCAGCAGUAGCUCGCUGCAGCUGCUGCUGAGAGGGCGGUGGCCCUGCGCCGCUGCCACAAUGCCCCUCUCACAGAGCAGGGCUGGGCAGGUGCCGUGCAGUAGCAAGGUGUGCAGGAACCUCUUUGGCCCUGUGGACCACGACCAGCUCCAGAAUGACUUUGAAGACCUGUUGAGGCAACACCUGGAAGAAGCUCAGCACCGCUGGAACUUCAACUUUGAGACAGAGACACCACUGGAAGGACACUUCAAGUGGGAGAGAGUACUCCUGGCUGAGCAGCCUUCCCAGGAGGUCCUCAGCCUUGGCAAGGCCACCAGCAGCGAGAGCAGGAGCUCCUUGGCCCACAAGGUCCCAUCUAAGGACCGUCUUGGUGGGUCUCAUGCCGAGGCGUCUCAGCGGAGCUCAGAGAUUGGCAGGGCUGGUUCUCCACAGCACUUGAAACGUGGGCAGACCACCAUUAAAGACUUCUACAGCUCCAAGCGGAGGGUUGUCCGUGACAAGCCCAGGCUGUGACUGCUGCCAUCUGGGACAGAUGCUGAUGUGCCCUGGGGGUAGCUCUGGCUCUUUCCCCCACCCUGUACUGUGUAAGUUCUGUGUAUCAAGCAAUGUUGAGUCUGUAGUUCCCUAUUUAUGAGUAGCUCUGGGGUCCUGAGGGACCUUCACUGUGUGCAAUGUAUAAAGAAGAGUAGGAGCCCAUGUUGAAGAUUGCAGCCUUGCCAAAGGGAUUGAAGAGGACUGAAAGGGCGCACGUGGGACCGUCCAAGUCUAUCCUCUGUCCUGUGUUGGUAGGACCAAGCACUGUCCUUGCACCAUUUUUGCACUAUCCUGCUGUCCAACCAUGGUUCUUCCCUGCCUGAUGGCCAGCUAUGGAGGAUGUGUCAGCUCUGUGGCACCAGAAUUCAUCAAGGUCACCAAUAUGGAUUGUAGAGCGGUGGGACAGCCUGGCACAGAGUACACAGCAUCACUGGCAUGUGGUGCUGGCACAGCAGGAUGGACAUGUCUUGGUGAGCCUUCCCCCACAUGGGGAAGCACAGCAAUGCUGGGGGCUGCUCCUUCCCCCAGAAAGGAGGUGCUGGUACCUGGACAGCCCUUCCUCUGGGUGGCUCUGUGAUGCUAUCGAUGGACACCAGAGGGGUGAUGUGCUGGAGGUCCCCAGCACAGCCCCUGUGGGGCCAGCAGUGCCUGGAAGACUUUGGGUUGCUCUGAACUCUGACCCAAACUCCCAUUUCCUCAUCAUGUUGUUGGCUUGAGUGGUGCUGUUUGCCCUCCUGUUGUGCCUCAUUCAGUGCUGACACUAGGCUGGAGAGCUGCUGCUCUGGUACUGCGGGACUGCUUGAGGGGUGGAGUCUUGCUUGUCCACGAGGAUGAAGCUGAGAGAAGUUGUAGCCUUUUCCUGGACUUUUUUCUAUUAAGGAGCUGGGGGAGAGGACCCUUGCCUGGCUCUGCGGAGUGAGCAGCUUCUGUUGUCUCUGGGAUGUGGGGAUGUCCUGGCAGUGCCACAUGGUGCUGCAGGACAUGUCGCUGCUCUUGAGGGACUCAGCGCUGCCAGGUCUCAGCACUUUUACUGGGUUCAUCUCCUGCCCUGCUGCAUUUGGACUCUGGAAACUGGCGCAAGAUGGUCCCAGGUGGAGUAGGGAUGGGGUCCACCUCCCACCUUGUAACAUGAUGCACUUUGCUGUCAAUGAAGCUGGCAAGCUCCCAGCACUAAAUGUUUAUUUAUAAAAAUGCUAUUAAGGCUGCCUGGGGGAGGGGAAAUACCUGUCUACACCAGGUCUACCUGGUAAUACCAGUCUAUAAAUGUAACUGAAUAAACACCUGUAACUGAAUAAACACCUGUCUUGUGUAAGGGAA